AGAGUGGAUAUACAGCCCUCGCUCUCUGCGCAUCGUGACUUGACUCUGAAAUCUUGAGCCGCUAACUUCUAAGGAUUAUUACGUGAGACUUCUCAGUGCUGCCAGUCGGAAAGGGAUUUAGUGAAUGGUGACUUUGGUUGAUCGAGAAGAGAGUGGAGUGUUCAUUUGUUGAGGAUUUGGAUUAUUUUGUUGCCGAGAGAGCAAAUAACAUGUUGUGAAGUUGGACAUUGACUCCGGCUCCGCGACCAAGUCUUUUGCUCUCCCAAGUCUUGGAUUAAGUGACACUCGCAACGCAAGGAGGAAAAUGGAGGAGUUGUACUGUGCUGAAGUGCCUGCAUGCUCAGAGGGACCAAUUGCGCUGCAAGACCCCGUGUUACUGCACGACAGUCGCGUGUUGACCAACCUGUUGCAGCUGCAGCCCUUCACCAUGCCGGCACAGAACUACUUCAAACACAUCCAGAGUGACAUCCAGCCGUACAUGCGGAAGGUCGUCACCAGAUGGAUGUUAGAUGUGUGCGAGGAACAGGCAUGCGAGGACCAAGUCUUUGCUGUCGCGAUCAACUUCCUCGACCGGUUCCUGUGUGCUUGCGUGGUACAGAGGACGCAACUCCAACUCCUGGGCGCUGUGUGCCUCCUGCUGGCGUCCAAACUCCGUCAGUGCCGCCCUCUGUCCAUCGAGCUCCUCGCCUACUACACUGACUACUCCGUCGGCGUUCAGGAGAUCAAGAGCUGGGAACUCCUGCUGGUGUCCAAGCUUGGCUGGGACCUAUCUCCUGUCACGGCUGGGGACUUCGUGGACCACCUCCUGAACCGGGUGCCCGUCCUAGCGCGGGAGCCCAUCGUCAGAAGACACGCCACCACCUUCGUCGCCCUCGCCGCCACCGAGCCCGAGUUCGUGCAGGUGGAGCCGUCGGCCGUGGCGGUGGCGUCCAUCGUGGCCGCCGUGCGGGGCCUCAACGUCGGCGAGUGGGCGGCCGUCCUGUCCAGCCUGGCGUCCGCCGUCAACCUGGACGCCCACUCCCUCCAGCCCAUCGUCGAGCAAAUCGAGAUGGUCGUCGAGAAGGAGACGGCGGUCCUCCCGGAGAGCAUGCACGUGCAGCAGCAAGCACAGCAGGCACAGCAGCAGCAGCACCCCACCACGCCCACGAACAAGCAGCACCCCACCUCGCCCAUGGAGUUUUUUGACGGCAACGAAACUCCGACCGACCUGACGGACAUCCACUUCUGAUGGCGGAAGCGUCAGUAGGGCGUUGCAUGUCGGACGCAGCGGCCUCGCGGGGCGCUGCCGCGGGGUUUUAGACGUAGAAGUCGUAACGGACGCGCUGCAGAGGAGACGCGGCCGGCGCAGGUCGAGCCCUCACAUCCUCCUCACUGCGCCUCAGGUAUCCGAGGAUCAUACGAAGUCCCUCCGACCUCCGCGCGGGGCUCGCGAAGGGACGCUAGUGUAGAUCCUCAAAAUGAAGAAAAAAUCUUUUCUUUUUCAAGUGAAGCUGUAGCCUAACCAAAGACAUUUCAAGGAGGAAGUGAAGUGGCCGCGACUCCCGAUGGCCUCUGCAAACGGGUGGAAGUCCCAAGGCCCCCUCGGCAAGGGUCGCUGGAAGACACGUCGCCGAGACCCGAGGGGGAAGCAAGAGGAUCAUCGAGGGCGUCGCCGGCGCGGCCCAACGCAGCGCGAUCUGGCUCAUACCAAAUGGUGUAGAUCUCAGUCAUUUUUCUGUAUCCAGUCAAAGUCAGGGGCGGGGGACCUUGGGGAACAACGGCCUCUCCUUCGCGAGUUGCAGGCUGCCUUGGGCCUUUGCUGCAUCUCAUGGGUGCUCCCAAAAAUAUAUAAAAAAGUACAACAAAAAUUGCAUCUCUGAGAUUCAGUUCAGCGCCAGUGAGCCUCGACUCGGGAAGGAAGGAGCGCCUUGAAGUAACUAAACCACAGGAGAAGCAGGACCAUCAGUCGAAGACGCUGAUGGAGGGUCGAAAGCAGGGAAAAGGAGGAGACUUAGGGCGCGGCAGCGAUCCGGCGCCUCCUGCUCCCUCCAUCCUUCUCGUGCCUUACACCCUUCUGCCGAGCCUUUAGGUGUACAGUAGAUUAAGUAGUGCCUUAAGAUACAAGCCCGUCUGGAAACUUGUCGUGUUGCAGGCGAGAAGUUGCCACGUUGCAUCGCUCUCGGCGAUGUCAACGGGAGCCGGUUGAUCGCAACGAGUUCGCGAAGAACAUCGGAAAACAAAGAAUCGCUCUCGUCCCCAGCUGGACUCGAGUUCCCGCAGGAAGGGAGAACAGCCGCCUUCAAGCUGUACGCGCAACCCCCCCUUUUCCUUCACAAAACUGUUCGAACACGACAUAACGUGUCAGUAUUAUUUAAGUCAUAAUCAAAUAUAUGUUAAUGGAAACGUCAGAACCACGGUGCUCAUAUAUUUUUGGAUUCUCAACAAGACGAGGAGGACUCUAGCGGAUUCGGGCAUUAGCUUGGGGAAGAUCUCAGUCCAGUGUUUGUGGAUGCUGUUCUGAAGAUAACAAACGAACAAAUUCCAUGAUCUCGUAGGUUGUAUGAGAAAACCAUGCGCAAAUAACAUUGUUCUCUCUUGUAUAAAUCAUAUUAUGUAUAUAUUGUGUAUACUUGUUAAUAUUGCUACUUAUAGGCUGUUUUAUAAUAUAUAUUUUGAAGUAUGUAACGUGGAUUCCAGUGUCGCUUCGUUUAUCAGAUGUUUACCCCUUUUUCCCUCGAGUAUCAGAAAGCAGUUUUGAUGCCUGAAUAUAUUAUAUUUGUAAUCUUUCA